AUAACUACAACAACUACAACAACAAUACCGUCACGUGACUAUAGGCAAAUUUCUCUUGAACACGUUACACGUCAAAAUGGCCACGAAUGGAACUACCCGAAGGAAAAUUGCUUUGAUUACUGGUAUAACAGGACAGGAUGGUUCUUACUUAGCAGAAUUUUUGAUAGAUAAAGGGUAUGAGGUACAUGGUAUAAUAAGAAGAUCAAGUACCUUCAAUACAAGCAGGAUAGAACAUUUAUAUGACGAUCCUAAAUCUCACAAAGAAGGAUCAAUGCAUUUACAUUAUGGUGACUUAACAGACAGUACAUGUUUAGUGAAAAUAAUAAGUCAAAUUAAACCUGAUGAGAUUUAUAACCUUGGAGCUCAGAGCCAUGUAAAGGUAUCCUUUGAGUUAGCUGAAUACACAGCCAAUGUAGAUGCCGUAGGAACAUUACGAUUAUUAGAUGCCAUUAGAACCUGUGACCUCUCAAGUAAAGUCAAAUUUUACCAGGCAUCUACCAGUGAAAUGUUUGGGAAAGUACAGGAAAUACCACAAAAGGAAACAACACCUUUCUAUCCUAGAUCUCCUUAUGGUGUAGCUAAGUUAUAUGCCUAUUGGAUAGUUAUAAACUAUAGAGAAGCUUAUGAUAUGUUUGCAUGUAAUGGAAUCCUUUUUAAUCAUGAAAGUCCAAGAAGAGGUGAAACAUUUGUAACCAGAAAAAUUACUAGAGCUGUAGCAAAAAUUGUCCUUGGUCAACAAGAAAGAGUAGAACUAGGAAAUAUAGAUGCCAAAAGAGAUUGGGGUCAUGCUAAAGACUAUGUAGAGGCAAUGUGGUUGAUGUUACAACAUGAUAAACCAGAAGAUUUUGUAAUAUCUAUGGGAGAAACACAUAGUGUCAGGGAAUUCAUAGAAAAAGCUUUCAAGGUUGUGGACAUCGAUAUUGUCUGGGAAGGUGAAGGUGUGAACGAAGUCGGCAAAGACAAAAAGACGGGAGCUGUGCGAGUGGCUGUAAAUCCUAAAUUUUAUAGACCUACAGAAGUUGAAUUCCUUUUAGGAGAUUGUACUAAAGCUAAGACUGUGUUGAAAUGGGAACAUAAAUAUUCAUUUGAUACUCUUGUGACAGAAAUGGUGAAUUCCGAUCUAAAACUGAUGAAAUCCAAUCCUAUUGCAUAACAUGACUUUUACAUAGUUUUAUUGGGAUCGUAUGAAAUCUAGGAGUUUCUGUCCAUUACAAAUUUUCUCAUGUUAUCUUAGUAUGUACUCAGAUAGAUAAGUUAGUGAAAAUUAUGAAGAUCUGAAAUAGAAUUAAAUGUGCAGGGCAUCUGACUUUAAAUUGAGUGUGAUUUUGAAGGGUUGUUUACAGAAAAGAUUAUUUUCAAAGCUUUACUUCAUUUUUAUGUAAUAUGAACAAUCCGUUUUUGUUGUAUUGUACUUGUGACAUUGCUUCAAUCAAAAUAUAUCUGACGACUACAGCAUUAAAGUUGUAGAGAUGCCUCACUUACUUUCAUAUAACUGUCCCAUUUUCUCACUGCUCAAACAAUUUUAUGUUGAAAUUGUAAAUGAGGCUACAGUUAUUUCGGUUGUUUUUUUAUUAUCAUGAUUAAUGUGAAGAAACAGAUCUAGUAUCAUUGCUCUAUUAUAAUAUCACUAUUUUCACAAGAUAUAUAAAAAAAAAUCCUUUAAGACCAAUCAUAAGCAAUAAUAUAUCAUAUCAUGCUGAAAAUAUGCAAUGGCUAAGUAGGUUGUUUUCUUACAUAUACAUAUAUAUCAGAAUACCUACAUGGAUAUAAAUACGAAUAUUUGUAAUGGUCAGUUACCUCCUAUUAUAAGGUGUAUCGUCCAUUGUAUGAUCAAAAAUAAAUAGAACAUUAUUUUUAUGUACCUUGUAAAAGUGUAAAAACAUUUUAUUACAUGGAAACAAAUGUUCUAAUUGACUUUGUAGAAACUCAUCUGUGUCUCAAUGCAGUGGAAACCUUAUUCAUUCCCCUGUCUGAACCACACCCCUUCCUUUGUCUGAAUCACAACUCUCUCCCUGUCUGAAUCCUUACAAGCGUUUAAAGCAUACUCAUUAAACAUGCUGAUGAUGUCCAGAAAAUUUGUCUAGAACUAUUUUCAGGAUAAUAUUAAAGAAAGUAUACGGAGACUUUCAAGAUAAUUGAGUAUUGAAUCAAUAAGGAAAAUUUACAGGAAGCCAUUAUAUUUGACUGAUGUUAAACAAUCAUCAAUCAAUCAGUGUUUUAAGGAAAUUCAAAGUUAUGAAAAGGGAACAUUCUUAAUUGAUCUUGCUUGUUCAGAGUAUUAUAAUUCAGAGUAGAUGAGUUUCUACAAAGAUAUUUUAUUCAUGGGUUUUAUGAAUAUUGACUUAUUAUGUGAUAUUGUUUUUUUAAACCUUAUACAACAUUUUUCACUUUUUUAUUAUUUUGCAGUUAAGAUUUGUUAUGAACGUGCUAUAAUAUUAAUUCCUAGUGAUUUAGUUACAAUUGAAAAUCUCCAUUGGACAAUUUGAUAAAAAUUAAUUACUUGCAUAUUGCCUUAAUUACCUAUUUAUAAAAUAAAUGACAUUUUUCUGUUUCUUUUUUGUUGUUGUGAAACAAACUUUACCUUAUGUUCCAAGGUUAAAAGAAAUUAUUUUUUAAUGCUGUUCUUUCAAAAGAUAAGGAAAGUACAGAUAGUUUAGAGUUAUCUUCCUUUGUACAUUUAAUUCUUUGUGGGACCAAUCAAUUUGUAGUUUGUUUGUCACUGAGGGAUGUGUAUGUUAGUAUAAUAAUAUGUGUUUAUUUGGUUAAGACUGUUCCAAAAUUUAUCAGAUGGGUGAUGAGAGGCACUCAAAUUCAUUAAAUAUGGGUGGUUGCAUUUUCCCUUAGAAUUUUGUAAGAAUUAUAAGUAAAAUGAAAAUCUUUAUUUUAUGGGUGGUCAGGUUCUUACAAAAGUGCCUCCCAUACCCCCAAUGUGUUGAGUUCUGGAACAGCCCAAAGUACUAUGUUGUGCAUUUAAAAAGUUGUUUAUUUAUUUAUUAAGAAUCUCACAUAUCUAUAAUUGUUAACAAGAAGUUAAGAUUUAUCAUAUAUAUCCAUACAGUAGUUAAUCUUCCAAGGAAGUGAGAACAAAAUUAGCAAAUAUUAAAAGUAAAUGGGUCUUUCAAAGGCCGUACUUUGACCUAUAAUGGUUUACUUUUACAAAUUGUGACUUGGAUGGAGAGUUGUCUCAUUGGCACUCAUACCACAUCUUCUUAUCUCUUUACAAUAUAAAUGUAUAUUUGGCUUUAAAGAUUAAAUCAAUUUAAGAAAUGUGUGAUUUUGUUCAGAAUGAAAAAUGUAUUAUGAAAUUGAUACUUGUACAGUCAAUCUCAGAGUUGAUAGAACUAGAAUAAUAUGAUGCUAGUAUUUAAACGUGGACAGACAUUUUACUGUGAGAGUCAACUGUAAGUGAAUGACAGUGAGCACCUCAAUAUUUUGCAGUCCAUAUUUUUUCUUUUAUCUAAAAGGUUACUAAAUUCAUUCAAAUCUGAUCAAAUAUUUUAUUAUCUCUCCUGUGAAAAACUCAAUAAACUACCAUUGAGGAGGGAAGAUUAAAUUAAAAGAAAAAUAUUUUAUUCACAAUGAAAUACCGGUAAUAAAGUUUUAAUCCGCUAUGUAAAAUUCUUUAUUGGAUAGGUAUGAUAAAUUUAAACUACUUGUAUGCAAUUAGGCAUAAUACUUGGUUUUUACCCAUCUUUGCUAGACAAAGGUUACAAUCCAACCCAUUCCUCCUAAAGAUUGUAACCCUUUGCUAGUGAAGAUGGGUUUUACCAUAAUAUUAGGUAUCAUUGAUACUUGUGACUUCAUAAUGGUGAGCAUUUAUAUAUUGGAAGACAUUUCUAUGUAGUGUUCUUCUAGAAGUGAUUUAGAAUGUGUAGAAAUAUGAUUAUUUAGUUCAGAAACUCUAGCAAAAUGUUGUGGGUUAAUAUUGUUUACAUUCUUGUCUCUGAAUGCAUUACCAUGAAGGGGUUUUGUUCAUUGAUUCAUUACAUUAAAAUGGUAUUAUGUGCACAGUAACAAAUGAUGCAAUCCAUAAUUUAACUGCAAAUUUGAACAGAAAUUACAAUGUUCACCUCCUUUCAAUUGUCCUAGCCUCUUAAUACUAGUAAUCAAUUGUUUAUCCUACUGGUAUUGGGCUCUUGUUGGAGUUCUCAAUAUUUCAAGGAUUAGAGGGUGUAAAUUAAAUUCUGAAAAAUUUAAUUUUACUUGUUCUAAAGUAAAUCGAGUUUUGUAUAAUGAUAAUCAUUGACCACCAUUUUCUACCACAUAUAAUGUCCAAAAUGUAUAAGCUACAGUUAAGAUGUAAUUGAGAAUUUUUUUUUAACUACACGGUACAAAUCGUCUUUUUACUUACAAUGCUUACAGAAACUGUGAUUAUCUGUUAGGCAAUCAGAAAUCUGUAUUUAUUUCCAUUAUAGACCAUGGAGAUUAUAGGCGCUCCAGGAUCAACCCUGAGUCAAUUGUCAGUCGUUGCAAUUUAUUUUGCUAAUUCUGUACUAUUUGUUGUGAAAAUAUUUAUCAAAUUAAAUUCUUUUUAAAUUACAGAAAAAAUGUAUUUAUAGAACAGAUGAAUUAGGUGACUUAUUCAAUUGGUGAUAUCAACUAUUUAUGGGAGCUUUUCAACAAUAAAAAUAUGAAUUUUGUAA